AUGGAAACGUUGAAGGACUUCAAGUUCGAUCUCUCAUAUCACCCUGGCAAGGCCAAUCUGGUGGCAGACGCCUUGAGUCGCAAAAAGAUAAUCGAAUUUGUUGCCCCACUAAUGGUGAGAGAGUGGGAUAUGGUGGAAUUUGUUCGGGACUUUGACAUGAAGCUAACCAUGGAGGAGCCGUACGGGGUCAUAGCCCAUAUUCAGGCCCAGCCCCUGGUUGACAGUAAGAUCAUUGAAGCCCAGGAGGGCGAUGAGUUAUUGAAGAAGAUGAGGGAAAGAGCAAGGAACAAUGGGAAGUCUGAGUGGAGGAUCGGUACCGAUGGAGGGUUGCGGUACCGAGGCCGUCUUUGUAUUCCAAACCUUCAAGGACUACGAGAAGAAGUCCUAAAUGCUAUUUAUGACUCCAAGUUAGCGAUGCAUCCUGGUAGUACCAAAAUGUACUAG